AUGUCUGUCGACUCUUCUUUACUUCAAUCUAUCAUUGAUAGAUCGUCUGAUGGUCCACAUGUGGAAAAAUUUCAGGAAAUCAUUGAAACGCAUACAGUUGAAGUUUUGCCUUUUCAGGAGUGGAGAUUCGAGAUUAAUUCCAACGAUAAGCUCAAACUCCGUCUUCUUAAAGGAACGGCAGAGAUAUUUGGAACAGAGGUUUCUCCAAAUAUCGAUUUGACUCUCCAAGGAUCCUUAAAAUCGUCUAUAUCCACUUUUUCUGGAUGUACUAUCAAGUAUUGGAACUGUCAACCAAGUUCUGAGUAUGUUGGUGAAGAGAGUUGUAUUGGCAGUUAUCUCAAUUUACAUUUAGGCUUAGAGAAUCUGAGGAUCAACAGUCAAACGGGAGGUCCUAGAGUGUUGAUAAUCGGACCUAAGGACUCUGGUAAAACGAGUUUGUCCAGAGUAUUGGUUUCUUAUGCUGAGAAAAUGGACAGAAGACCUCUUUUGGUGAACUUGAGUCCACGUGAUUCUAUCUUUACUAUGCCGGGUUCGUUGACAGCCACGGCAAUUUCUGGAAUGCUUAAUAUCGAAAAUAUUACCUUAGGAGAAACAAUCACUACAGGGCCGUCGUUUUAUCAUCCCAAGCAACCACUGGUUAAGUGCUUUGGUUUGGAGAAUUAUAGAGACAAUCUUAAACUAUACAAAUAUCUUAUUGAAAGGCUCAGCGAUUCUGUUGAGAAGCGUUUGAUGGCCAGCGAAGAUGUCAGAAAAGCCGGAAUCGUAAUAGAUACACCUGCAUUUCAUAUCGGUGACUUUGAAGUGAUUCAAGAAAUUAUAGAUGACUUUAAAGUAGAUGUUUUGGUGGUUAUUGGCAACGAAAGAUUACUGGUAGACCUUAAACGAAAGUUGAAAUACGACAGCAGUAAACUGAAGUUACUCAAAGUGAGCAAAUCAAGUGGAUGUAUCGAUGUGGAUGACAAAUACAAGAGAGAAAUGCAGCAGAGAGCCAUUAAGGAGUAUUUUUACGGUAUGGAUAAUUCACAAUUGAGUCCGUAUACCAUUAUGGUGAACUUGAAAGAGUUCAUUUUUAUGAAACCUAAAGAGUUAGCGGCGCUGAAUAUGGCAUUUAUGAGUACAGAUGCUGUGGAAGAUGAAGCUAAUAAAACUAGUGCUGAAAUCAAGUAUUCUGAUUUCAUGGAAAGAGUGAAAAUCGCGUCAUCCAGUAACUUAGAGAAUGCUAUUUUAGCGAUAGCUGACGAUUCAGACUUGGAAGUGGGUAAGUAUGUGACGGCGGUAGACGAUAAGGAGGGUAAUUUGGAACUUAUCAAGGCAAUAGCAGGACGGAGUGUUUUGGGAUAUUGCUAUGUCUUAGGAUGCAACGAUAAGGAAGGUAAGGCCAAAUUACUCAUACCGUCACCGGUUCAACAUCUUCCUACGAAGACGUUCAUCCUUACACAAUUCAGGUAUCAUGAAUAA